GAGUACUACUCUAUCAAUAACGGUCCAACAACAAAACUGUAAAAAUGGCGACACCCACGUUGUUUCAUCAUCAUCAUAUUCAUCAGCUCCAACUUAACAAAUACAUACAUCUCAAAUCUCCCACAAAAAAAAAAAAAAAAAACUCCAAUCUUGAUCAAUGCCCAAAUAAUACUUCCAUUACUCCAUGACUUCACACUUCUAUGUUUCAUUCAACUAAACUUCAAGAUUUUCAUAAUUAUGAACACCCUUUUCAUCAACUAGUCUCGCUUAUCCUUUUGUAUUAGUAGUCGCAGUUUUACGCUUUAGUUUUUUGUCCUUUGAUUUGUGCUACUGUCUGUUUUUUCUUAUACUUCGAUUGUCUUAUUUAUCUGUGUCAGUUAGUGCUCUUUUUUUCAGACUGUUUACAUGCCCAAAUAAUACUUCCAUUACUACAUGACUUUAUACUUGUAUGUUCAUUCAACUAAACUUCAAGAUUUUCAUAAUUAUGAACACCCUUUUCAUCAAACUUUCAUUUUAUCAUCUUUUUUCAUUUAUUUUCAUCAAAUCUGUAUAUGGUUUUGGUUCAAUGGGACCUAUUUCAGCUGCUUUUGGUAAAAAUGGUUUCUUUUGUGCUAUUGAUGCUAGUGGCAAACAAGAUGUAAUUUGUUGGGGUAAUAAAACUAAUAAUAAUCCUUCAAAUAAUUUACCAAAUUACCCUACUGAUGUUCCACCAAUGGCAGCUUUAUCUGGUGGUGAUGGUUUUCUUUGUGGCAUUUUAUCAAACACUUCACAAGCAUUUUGUUGGGAUUCAAAUGGAUCAAGGUCUGAUCUUGUUCCUGUUGUGUAUAAACAAUAUGCUUAUUCUCAUAUAGCUGCUGGUAAAAAUCAUGUUUGUGCUAUUAGAGGACCUUAUUAUUCGGAAAAUGAUUGGGGUAGUGUUGAUUGUUGGGAUAUUAUACGAAAAACGAAUGGUAAUAAUGGUAACUUAAUGUCAAGGGAAAGUUCAUUGUUUUAUAAUCAGUAUAGUAAUUCAGCAGUUUUUAAAAAGAUUGUUUCUGGUGAUGGAUUUACUUGUGGGGGUGUUAAAGAUGGAGGGAUACUUUGUUGGGGUCCAAGUUCUAGUAAUCUUGGAAUUUUGGGUUUAUCUGAAAAUAUUCAUGCUUUAACAGCUGGUAUUGAUUCAGUUUGCGGGGUUUUAGAAGAGAGUAGUGAGGUGAAAUGUUGGGGGGCGAAUUCAUCGUUUGGUAUCCCUCCGGUAGGGGUGCCAUUCGUGUCGUUAGCAGCUGGUGUUGAGCAUUUUUGUGGGAUAAGACAAGAUAAUCAUGGCAUUAUGUGUUGGGGAAAUUAUAAUUCAUCUUUGAUCCCAAAAGGAUCGGGGUUCUUGGCGAUCGCUUCGUCUGAUUUUAUUACUUGUGGUAUUAGAGAAGGUGAUUUGGUUCUUGAUUGUUGGUACACGAAUGUUUCAUCACAAGUAGAUUAUGAUCCGCCUUUGCAGCUUUGUAGUCCGGGAUUAUGUACUCCUAAUUCAUGUGGUGAAGGAAAAUUCUCGUUCAACGCGAGUCUAUUGAACGAGCCUGAUUUGAUAAAUUUGUGUGUUAGGAAAGAUCUAAAGAUUUGUUCACCUUGUGGGGUGAAUUGUUCUGAAGGAUUUUUUCCUUCUAGUUCUUGUACGGAAAAUGCAGAUAGGGUUUGUACUCCUUGCUCUCUCUGCCAGAAUAGUUCUUGUUCCGAUGUUUGCAAGCUCCAAAUAUCGGCGGAAAUGAAGCAGCAUCAGCAUCAGCGUCAAUUACGUCAACUACUCAUCAUAAUUGGGUCUUCCGCUUUAGGGUUCUUGUUAUGUUUAGCGGGGUUAUGUUUGUUAAUCCGCAUGAUAUCCAGCAAAAGUACUAAAGAAGGCGGAAAGAACCAAUUCGCCUCAUGUAUUCGCAAGCCCGAAAAGGAAACUGAUCCAAAUACGGACCCUCAUCCAACCGUGUCCGUAGCACCAUGUCCUGGAGAAGCUCAAGUUUUCCGGCUUUCUGAGCUGAAAGACGCCACUAAUGGGUUCAAGGAGUUCAACGAGCUAGGUAGGGGAAGUUACGGAUUUGUUUAUAAAGCUGUGCUUCCGGAUGGGAGGCAAGUAGCGGUAAAGAGAGCCAAUGCUGCUACGAUUAUUCACACCAAUAGUCGGGAAUUUGAAAUGGAGCUAGAGAUCCUCUGCAGUGUUCGACAUAGCAAUAUCGUUAAUUUGUUAGGUUAUUGUGCGGAAAUGGGGGAAAGGAUUCUUGUUUAUGAAUUAAUGCCCCAUGGAACCCUAAAUGAUCACCUACAUGGCGGUCUUUCUCCAAUGAGCUGGAACCUUAGGUUGAAAAUCGCAAUGCAAGCUGCUAAAGGGCUCGAGUAUCUUCACAAGGAAGUUUCUCCGCCUAUUGUUCACCGUGAUGUGAAGAGUUCGAACAUUCUCUUGGAUGCUGAUUGGGGAGCUCGAAUUGCAGAUUUUGGAUUGAUGGAGAAGGACCUUAAUGGAGACGUGCAAACAGAUGUCUAUAACUUCGGGAUCGUGCUGCUGGAAAUUCUUAGUGGGAGAAAAGCUUAUGACCGUGAUUGUACGCCUCCGAAUAUUGUUGACUGGGCCCUACCUCUGAUCAGACAAGGGAAAGCAGCUGUGAUCAUAGAUCGUUACGUUGCUCUUCCGAGAAAUGUUGAACCUCUGCUUAAACUUGCUGAAAUUGCAGAACAGGCAUUGCGGGAAAAUCCUGCUGAGCAACCUGAUAUGUCACAGGUGGCACUUCAGUUAGAGCAGCUAGUGAAGGAUGUAAUGAUCUCAUAGCCUUCUUUUCGGAGUCUUACAUUAUUUUUGGUGGAUUGAAACAAAAUCAGAGGAUAGCAUAUUGGUGAGUAACGAACGCUCUUCUGCAAUUGUACAUUUCUACGAGCUGCUUGUAAAUUUUUGUGCUUAUAUUUUUUGUUUGCCACAUUCUUGGACAACUUUCAACAAUAAGUUUUUUAACUUUUUUUCUUAUAGCAAUAAAAGAUGUUGUGAUGCUUCAAA